UUUUUCCUUUUUCUUCCUCAAAAUCCCUUCUUCCUUCGCUGCCUCUUCACCUCUUCGCCUCUUCGCUUCUCUGUCUUCUUCUUACUCUCUCCCUCAUUGCGUCAACUAAAAAAUAUACAUAAAAAACACCACACCCUGCUCUACGUGGCCACUCUCACUUUCCUUUUAAAUCUUUAUUUAAGCCCUUCACUAUGACCGGCAAAGAAAUCCUUCACAAGAUGAAGGAAAAAGUUUUGGGGCCAUCUGAUUCUGAUUCAGGUAAAGGAAAGAGCAAGAUGAAGAAGCACAUUACUCAUGGCUUUCACUUGGUAAAGGGAAGAUCUGGUCAUGCCAUGGAAGACUAUGUCGUUGCUCAGUUUAAGCAAGUUGAUAACAAUGAAUUGGGUUUAUUUGCUAUAUUCGAUGGCCACUCAGGUCAAAGUGUGCCUGAUUACUUGAAAACUCAUUUGUUUGAUAACAUCUUGAAAGAGCCUAACUUCUGGACAGAACCUGCUGAUGCUGUGAAGAGGGCAUAUAGUAUAACUGAUUCUACUAUUUUAGACAAAUCAGGUGAACUGGGUCGAGGGGGUUCAACUGCAGUUACCGCAAUAUUGAUCAACUGUCAGAAGUUAGUAGUGGCCAAUAUUGGAGAUUCCAGGGCUGUCUUGUGCCAGAAUGGCCAGGCCAAACAACUAUCAGUGGAUCAUGAGCCAAGUGUAGAAAGUGAGGAUAUAAAAAACAGAGGUGGUUUUGUGUCAAACUUCCCAGGGGACGUGCCACGAGUUGAUGGUCAGUUGGCAGUGUCAAGGGCAUUCGGUGACAAAAGCCUGAAGGUACACUUGAGCUCAGAACCACAUGUGAUUGUGGAGUUGAUAGGCGAUGAUGCAGAGUUUGUUAUCUUAGCCAGUGAUGGGUUAUGGAAGGUGAUGACAAAUCAAGAAGCAGUUGAUGCAAUCAGAGAUGUUAAGGAUGCUCGCUCUGCAGCAAAGAUCCUUACUGAAGAAGCACGUAACAGGAAAAGCUCAGAUGAUAUCUCUUGUGUUGUUGUGAAAUUUCAGUGAUCAAAUGACUCAAUUAGUAGAACUUGAAAGUGUAUAUUUGGAUAAAUGAUGAUACACCCUUGUGGUGUUAUUGCAUGUUAUAGCAUUCCGUGUGCAAUAUUUUCUGUUCAUGUUUGAUGAAACAAUGUGAAAAGGAUGUAGAUUUGGAUUGUAUUAAGAAAAAUAAUUUGUAUGAUUGCAAUGGAGUUUGUGCAAAA